AUGCAUUUGGGGGAAUUUCGAAUUGGCAAGAAGCUCGGGAAUGGGAGGUUUGGAAGUGUCUAUCUUGCACAACACAAGGAGAGUGGCUAUAUUGUUGCAUUAAAAGUUCUACGGAAGAGAGAUGCACUCUCACAGGGGACCGAACGGAGCGUCUCUCAUGAGAUUGGUAUUGGGACACAAUUGAGACAUUUCAAUUUGGUACCAUUAUACGGAUGGUUCCAUGAUAGGGAAAAUGUGUACAUUGUGAUGGAAUAUGCAGAAGCCGGUGAAUUGUAUAACAAGGUAGGGAAAGUCACUGUCCAAGAGGCCCUUGAAGUGGUUCUACAGGUGGGGAGAGGAUUAUAUUUCCUACAUCAGCAUGGUAUUGUACAUCGAGAUAUAAAACCAGAGAAUAUCCUAUGUUAUCAACAUGGUAUUUAUAAAGUAGGGGAUCUUGGAGGUGUUGGAGGAAUUGGAGUUGUAGGAACAUUAGACUAUUUGGCCCCAGAGAGCAUUGCCGGUAGCACCGGUGGGUUAUCUGUAAGUCCCAUAAGCACUCCGGUCGACGUUUGGGCGUGUGGCGUGCUACUCUACGAGCUGCUGGAGGGUCGUCCGCCCUUCGAGCGGCCAACAAGGGAGGGCACUUUAAGGGCGAUUUCCAAGGAAGGUUAUUUACGAACGCCCAAAAUUGUCGAGGAUGCGCGAGUGGUGAAAAUCUUGGAGAGGUGUCUCGUUAAAAGAGGAGAGGAACGAUGGACCAUUAGAGAGAUGGUGGAAUAUCUCGAAGGAGCAAUUUGUAAUAUUCGAUAG